GAUGAUCUAGCUGGGAGGUCGCCUGCAGCGGUACCGCAGAUACUACCUGAUUCAUCAGGCAUGAGAAAACGGCAUGCUGGCGGUACAAAGAUAUAAAAGUAUCACACCAUCUCUGCGGACGAUGUAUCCAGUGUUCCCGUCAUCUACACGGCCACGCCCUCCCCAAUACCAUGGUCAAAGUCGUCGUCGCAGGAGGCACCGGCCACACCGGCCUGCAUAUCGUCGAGGGCAUCGUCGAGGCCGGCGGGCACGAGGUCGUCGUCUUCUCCCGCCAGGCCACGAAUCCUGUCCUUGAGAAGCUCGGCGUGCCGAUCGUCACCGUCUCGUACGACGACCCCGCUGCGCUCGCCAAGGCCCUCGCGGGAGUGCACACCGUCAUCUCGACGAUCAGCGGCCUCACCGCGGACACAAUCACGAAACCGCAGCUCGCACUCCUUGAUGCCGCAGUCAAGGCGGGCGUGAAGCGCUUUGCGCCGAGCGAGUUCGGCACGCGUUCGAUCCCUGACAACCCCAUCGAGCUCUACCGCAACAAAUGGCCCGUCGCGGAGGCGGUCAUGAAGAGCGGGCUCGAACAUACCAUCUUCGAGGUCGGCGUAUACAUGAACACCCUCGCGAGCGGUACCGCGGGUGUCGGGCACCUGCCCCCGAUGAAGUUCAUGUUUGACGUUGAGAAAUGCAAGGCGACGAUCCCAGGCGACGGCUCCGCGCCCGUCGUUUACACACGCAUCGAGGACGUCGGGCGGUUCGUCGCGGCCAGCCUCAACUUGAACGAAUGGCCACAGUACAGCCAAAUGAGAGGUGACCGAAAGACGUACAACGAGAUCCUGGGGCUCGCAGAGAACGCACGUGGCGAGUAUUUCUGCAGGAGACUCCGCGCGACCGGGCUAAAGUUUCCUUACAGGCAAGAAGUUUGAGACGACGUACUUGUCCAAGGAACAGCUCCUGAAGAUCAUUGAGGAGCGGCGCGACAAACCGCUUGAUUUUCAGAAGAUGUUCGCCCAGUGGUGGCUGGAGGUCUUAAAGGGCAAUCCCGCGGGAUACGAAGGCAAGAAUAUCAACGAUCUUUGUCCUCAAGUCCAGCCUAUGCCGAUCGAAGAGUUCUUGCAGAAGUGGUGGUAAUCUGCCGCAUUUACGUCUUCCUGGAUGUUGGAUCGAGUAUAUUUUGCACGAGUUCUCUGGGGUCGUGACCAACAUGAAUUUACAGAAAUCUCUUUUCUCCCUGUUAUGUGCUGUCUUCGUUUAUGGAGGGUAAUGAUACAUCAGUACGUACUGAAGGAGUGGUGUAUAAGUAGAUUCAUGCACGGCACGGCGAUGCUCGAAUCAUUUCCCUCACGGUCUAUACGGAGGCAGCCGCAGGAAGAUGUCGGA